UUUCCCUCGAAGCUGUUUUGAAUGGGAAUUCGAUCUCCACCAAUUUACGGACGAUUGGUUCACUGAAUGUGUUUAAAUAAUUAUAAGUUUAAAUUCCGGCGAAUAAAAACAACCUUUGUGCGUGUACCUACAUCUUUAAAUGCUUUCAGAUCUGUGUAACCAUCCAGCAGGAUUACAUGUGAAGGAAACCCUUGACGAAAAACUGUUUACUGCCAUCGGAUCAGAGAACAAGGAAGACCGUAUAUAUGUACUAGUGUGGGAUUUAGGAGAAUUUGGAAGCCAUGAAGAGAGGGGCGAACUCGUGCCUACAGAAGACAGUGUUUGCCUUCCUCUUUGUGGGAUAUGUGUUGUUUGUGGUGGCUUUCUUCAUUCCGCGGUGGUUUCAGUUCACACAGACGGGUACGGGGAAGCAGUACAACUAUGGCAUCUUCAUGGCCUGUAUCCGAGAUGAUGAUGGGAGCAGUCGGUGCCAAUACACGCAUUUCAAAAACGUCGAAGCGGGCACCAUUCUUGCUCUAAAAGUAUUGGCCAGUUUUGGACUCGUUUCCUACACGGUUGCUAUGGCAACUGGGUUUUUGGCGCUCUGUUGGAUCAAGGAGAAGAGACAACGUCUGUUCUAUGUGUCGGUCGUCUGCUCCAUUAUAGCAGCGAUCUUUAUCAUUAUAUCAGUGGCUAUACACAAAUCUCAUCGAUCGUACGAUAACGGAAGUGACGAUGUGGCAUUUUAUAUAGCAAUAGUCAGCAUAUUUCCUUUGGUCUAUGGGGCGUUCAUGGGGUUCUUAGUGGCACGAACCAUGACAUUUGAUGACGAGAAAGAAGACGAAGAAAAAAUACACCAAGAGCAGCGACAAAAACGUCGGAAGAAACGAGAUAGAGAACCUGUAUUCAUGUUCCCGCCGACCGGAACAAUGAUUCCCGAGAUAAAAAAGAAACCCAUUUCCGGCAUCGUUGUUACGGGCGACGACUUUGAAAGGUCGGAAAGCGAAGACCCCUUUUUCUUCAAACCUUUGACCGUAAAGAAUGAUAAAUACGAAGCUAAACAGCAAGACAGAGAAGUCGAAGAACUUAGUGGUAAAUUAGAUCAAUAUGACAUUGACCCAAAUCUGGACGAAAACGAGGCUUCUAUGGAUAAUGUUGAUGUCUAUAACCCAAGUACUGGACUGACGUCGCCAAAUCCUCCCCCAGCAGUGACACCCGUAGAUGCCCAUGAAGAAAUUACGUCAGAACCUUGGAAUGAGGACCAAGAAAAGAAGAAAGAAAAACGCAAAAAGAAAGGACUCAUAAACUUAACAACGAUUAAUGCUCCCUUAAAAAUUGCCGAUCUGAUGAAGAAAACUCGAGCCUUAAACAAGACUAAGAAAGAGUCUAAAAAACAGAAGAAGAAAAGGGAGGAAGGUCGGCCCAACUCGGCUUUCGAAAUCGAGGAAAUCGAAACGGGUAAAGUCGACGUUCACGGACAGACAAAAAUACACGGCCAUAGGGUUGAACAAUUACCCGAUGUUGAGAAGUGAUAACUGUGGUGCACAAAACAUUGUCGCUUCUAUUUGGCCGUGCCCAUGAUUUGGUUAUAAAAUAUAAUGACGAAUUGGCACGCAAAUAGAAGUUAUCUAUAUUGCAUUGUUAUGUUUUCAAGGAGUCUGGCGUACAAAGACUUUCGCUUUAUAUUAUGCAUGUAUUGUGAAUGAAACGAGAGAAAUGUUCUAAAUUUGAUUUUGGGGAUGGUGGUUGAAAUUUAAUAGAGUGAAAACAUGGAACAGGAUAUCCAAUUUUUAUUUUCUUUAUUCUUUGGUAAUAAAAGCAUUUAACAGUGAAAGGUAAAUACUUUCAUAAAAAUUC